AUGGAGGUUAACCAAAUGGCUACUGCCAUUAAUAGGAUUACUGACAUCCUAGAACGAUUAGCUGAGAGACAGGAACCAGUGCCAGUUAACCAACCUGGGGGCCAGGAUAGAGGGGAAGAUAGAACCUUAGAGAGAUUCUUAAAGUUCAACCCGCCUAAGUUCAUUGGUGAGCCUGAUCCUGAGUUUCUCCCGCCCUUAGUUCAAGAGAAACGGGAGGACGAAUUCAUAAAAGUGAAGCAGGGGGCGUCUAGUGUGGCUGAGUAUGAAGGAAAAUUUACUAGACUUUCUAGAUACGCCCCAGAAUUGGUAGCCACUAAGAGGAGAAGGAUAAGGCGAUUUGUACAAGGACUUAACGUGGAGAUUCAAGAGGGGUUAGCAGCGGCCCAAAUCUCUACUUUCACUGAAGCCCUAGAGAAGGCGCAGAGAGUCGAAAGUGCAAGGCUGCAAGUUAAGGAUUUUCAUGCCAAAAAAAGGGGCACUUCUAGUCAUCCUCUUGGACAAGCAGAUAAGGGUGCCCCACCUUCUAAAAAGGAAAAAGGAACGGGAGGAAUAGAGACAUCUGGUACACAAAAAAAGACUCAAUCAAGAGGAGGCCACAAUGGAAGGGAUCAACCGAGGGAGACUCCUCCAAGUGGUCAGCCUGUGGCUCCUCAAGUUAUUUGUGGUUAUUGUCGCAAGCCUAACCAUACAGAGAAUGAAUGCUGGAAGAAAACGGGAAAGUGUUUGUAUUGUGGCAGCACUGAGCAUCAGAUCGCGAACUGUCCAAGUAUACCGAAUGAAGGAGGUAGUACUCAAAGGCUUGAAAAGUCAACUGCAAAGCAGUCUAGUGCUGGAGGAAGUCGAUCUAAAGCACCAGCUAGGGUUUAUGCAUUAGGCUAUCAACAGGUUUCCAAUCCCGUUAAGGUCAUUGAAGGUAUGAUUUUUGCUUUCUAUUGUUUAGUUAAGGUUCUAAGUGACUAUAGUACGACGCACACUUUUACAAAAUCCUAG